GUCGUGUCUGUCACAAUGAGGCCAUAGUUGAGUUAUUCUGCAGUGACGUGCUAAUCUGGUCACGUGUACAGUCAGUUUUCACGAGGUUCGAUAUCCUACCUGCUUCACCUGGCGCUAUGUGAUUACACGUGGAGACGAAGGCAACAGGCUUCACCCUUCCUGUCUAAUGAGGAAGUGGAGUAUAGGGUUGUCCGGUGUGUAACAGACGCUUGAUCCGGUGCCUGUCAAGGACCUAACUAAACAUGAGCGACGUUGACCACGGCGACAUAGUCCUGGAUGACCUGAACGGCAAAGCAACCACCCCAGAGGAUGACACAGAGAGGGAGAAGGAAGAGGGUAACACAGCGUCCCCCCCGGACCAGCCUGGAACACCUCCCCCUGUCACCCCUCCUGCCUCCCACCCGCCUGUCCCGGGGGAAGACCGACACUGCCCCCUCUGUAAGAACAAGAUCCCCCGCUACUCGUGCCGCGGGGGUAGUGUGGACGUAUGUGAAGACGGCCGAUGUCGAUCCUGUGAAAAUAUCACGUCGGUGCCUUCGUUGUCGGACCUGCUCGGAGAGGACGUCACGGGCGACGACUUUCAGACCGAGGUCGCACACAAAAGUCAGCUGCUGUUGAUAGGACGACAGGAGGCUGAGUUGGAGACCAUCAUAGACCGCCUGAUCAGAAACCAUGGAACCAAGGAGAAAGCGCUGUUGUACGCCAUCACACACUUCCCUACUGAAGCUAAGGUGCAGAUCUUCGUGAACACCCUGCUGCACCGCGGCGCCAACCCGUCGACGUGCGACAGCGCCUGGCAGACCCCCCUCCACCACGCCGUCAAGAGGAACUUCAAGGGUGUGUGUAGUAAACUGCUGGAGAAUGAGGCCCUCCCUCACGUCCGAGACAAGGACAACAACAUGCCCUACCACUUGGCCCUCAACAACAACAACGACGACAUCGCUGCGAUGUUGCUGUCGGUCAUGCCACAUACGGUAGUACGGAGUCUGUUUGUGGCUACCGAGGAUGCCGGAUCGGCCGCCGAGUGCAGUCUACAUGAUCUCAUAAACAACAACAUGCAGCAUGCGGCACUGGGCGUCCUAGACGCCAUGAUGGACCGUCUGGGUGACAGUGGUCACGUGAGGGUGUUCUAUCACGUGCUGGAAGUAGAUGCAAAAGGGCGCUCCCCAUCCCACCCCGAGUUUGAAUCCCACGACAAGUCCUGUCUCCAUCUGAUCUCACAGCGAGGUCUGAAGUCGCUUGUCUUCCAUGACGUCGUCCGUCUCCUAAUACGCCGGAAGUGGAAGAAAUACGCCAGACUCAGAUUCGAACUGAACUGUUUGCUGUUCUGCGUCACGCUGCUGUGUUUGACCUUCUCCGUGGCUGUAUCUACCCUGACCUCUGACCCCGCCUUAUACUCGGACCCCCUGCAGAUCGCCCGGGGGGUGGCGGAAUGCUUUGGGGCCGUCCUCGUCCUCGCCACCCUGGUGUUGGAGCUGAACCAAAUGCGGAGACAUCGAGGAGACUACUGGAGGGAUAAGUUUAACUGGAUCGACCUGUCGUCCUCCUUCCUGCUGCUGAUGGUGAUCCCGCUCCGCUUCACUCACAGACAGGAGCAGUGGCAUGUCUUCUCAAUGGGCUAUCUGCUGUGGACGCUCAGGAUGUUCAAGUAUGCCGCUGUCUUCAGGCGGACGGGAGCCUACGCCCUGAUCCUGUGGCGCAUCAUCAGCAGGGACAUCCUCCAGUUCAUCCUGUUCUUCCUCGUCAUCCUCCUUGCUUUCACCGGGUCCUUCACCUUGGCACUCAAGGGAGAGAACGCCCUGACCGUGCAUAACGAAACCAGCAACUACUGGAAUGUCAUGUUUGUCGGUGUACGGACACUGAUAGAGGCAUACGCUGUAGUGGAGUAUGCAGGCGAGGGAGGAUACCCGCCGAUGAGCACUUUCCUCAUGGUGACCUUCCUAUUCUUCUGCUGCGUGGUACUCCUCAGCAUCCUCAUCGCCCAGCUCAGCGACACCUACCACUACGUACAGAGAGACGCACAGCGUGGGCUGGAGCUCAAUAGGGCGUGGAUCAUCAGCAGAGUCGAACUCAACAGUAUAUAUGUCGGCAAGAGCAGCAGGUUCAAGACGUACAUAGAGAUGGAGGAGAUAAAUAACCCACGUGACAUCCUUAAACGCUGGGACGGCCCGGAGCUGAGUCAGAUGAACAAGAACAUCCGGGACCUGUGGGAUCAUCUGGACUCAAACAGGAUGACCCUUCUGACCAUCCAGUCCAGACUCGCCAGACAGGAGAACAGCCUCGUGCUCAUCCAAGAGUAUCUGGAGCACCUGGUAAAUUCAGAAUCACGUGACAAGCUAGGAACGGCCCGGAAGGACCGAAGGACAUGACACCAAGUAGUGACCUAGACUGUAACUGAUGUGUCUCAGUAACUCCUUGUCACACAUGCAGAUCCUGCAUCGACCCAGGGACGUCAUCAAUAUCGUCAUCACCAUCGUCGUCACCUCUGUCAUCAUCAUCGUCGUCACGUCAUCGUCAUCACUGUCAUCACCACCAUUGUCAUCGCCAUCAUCAUCACAAUCAUCAUCACCAUCGUCGUCACUACUGUCACCGCUGUCAUAACCAUUGUCGUCAACAUCAUCAUCACCACCGUCAUCCCCAUUGUCUUCGUCACGCCGGGUUCGAUUCCCGACAUGGUACAAUGUGUGGAGUCCAUUUCUGGUGUCCCCCGACGUAACAUUGCUGGGAUAUUGCUAAAAGCGGUGUAAAAUCAAACUCACUCACUCCAUUGUCAUCACCAUCAUUCCCACCACCAGCAUCUCCAUCACCAUCACCAUCAUCGUCAAGAUCAUCAUCAUCACGAUCGUCGUUAUCAUCGUCGUCAACGCGGUAUUUUUGAGCAACUAUCACCUCCAUCAGCACAUGACACGUGAGUGCUUACACUGAUACAGCGGUAUAGCGGGGACUGGUAUACGUCUCGACUUCAAGGAGUGUCUCACGUGCAUGAGAAUACACACUGUACAGCAAGAUUCAGGCUUCUCGCGUGGUUUGUCUCAUGGGAGGGGAAUGUCUGAUCUCAUCUGACCAGUCGUGUGUUAAUUGUGAGACUGUCUGGUCCAAAGGGGAGACAAUCCACCAUGCUUUCCGGGAAAGCCCACUUACCCCCAUCAUCGUAGAGAUAAACGACCAUCACAAACAUCUUUACAUCUUGAACUUUGUUGGAUCUUUAUUGCUGAAAGUUAGCUUGAUGAGCCACAGCUACAUGUGAGUGUGUAUCCUUUCCGUGACACGGCAACACAACACAACUGUGCUACAUGAACAGACACCAGCCGCCAUCCAUGACCAAAUCAACAACACACACAUCCCAUAUUUGUCUUCUCAAAAGUGCAUAAGUUACAACAUAACAUUUAUCCUACCACCAUAUAAUCCCUGAAACUGACUGCCGUGUUCUCCAACUGCACCCAUACGUGUACCCACGAACUGAGAAAUAAAGUUUUAUACACGG